AUGGAAAAAUAUUUUAAAAGAAAAUCAACAUUGGAGUCUCAACAAGUUAAUGAAGUGGAAAAUGCAUUUGCACAACAAGUAGGGCGAUCUUUGAAAAAAAGAUUUUUAGAUGUUGAUUUAGAUAAUCUUCUUGUUGAUCCUGGAGAAAGGAAUCAAAUGGCAUGUUAUCACCCAAAUGAUCCAGAUGAAAUCCGAAAAGCUUAUUUACAAAAAGGGCCUUGUCAACCAAAGGACCAUAAUUUUCCACAACGACAAUUUGGUACGUCUUUACGUAAGUUCAAUCCUAAUUGGUUUCUUGAAUUUGGUAGUUGGUUGGAAUAUAGUGUAUCAAAAGAUGAUGUUUUUUGUUUAUGUUGUUACCUUAUGAGACAUGAGAUAGGAGAACACAAAGGUUGGGAUGCAUUUGUGACUGAUGGAUUUUCAAAUUGGAAAAAGAUAGAUAGACUCAAUGUCCACUUGAAGGUCCUAAUAGUGCUCAUAACCAAGCUUGGAAAAAAUGUAAUGCAAUAA